GUCCUUCUAGCUCAGCUCAGUUUCAACUCCUCCGAUGACUUCGUCCAGGGUGGAAGAGAAGAACGGGUCCAGCGUUCCUUCCCUCGCCGUGCCAAACAGGGGCGGGCCCUGGCCAACGCUGACAGCUCAUUGGCCGACCUGGGUAACAGCGGAGUAACCAACAGUGAAGGUUUCCUGCGAGAUAUCUCUCUGAACGAGUCGCCCGAGCGCGCCUGCCACAGGAAACCUCUCUUCUCCUCCACCCCUAGCUCACGUUCCCUCCCUCCUCCUCCUCCCUCCUUCCUCCGUCCACCCAUCUGUGACAUCAUCUCUCUGAACACCACCCAGGAGGAGCUCGAUGUUCCCGAGGACCCCGUCUCUCUCACAGAGCUGCGCCAGCUGUCGUCCCUGGGCCAGGCGGCGGGACAACCGGAGGUAGGAAACCGUGAAGAGGCGACUCCCCGUGGAUCAACCAGCCUGAGGAGUGACGGGAGCCAGAUUGGAGGCUCGGCGAUCCAAGAUGGCGUCGGUGAGCAGCCGAGCCCGGAGCUGUUCUCCGCGGUUGCCUGUGAGCAGACUGACCCGGACGGGGCCGGGGAGGAAACUGAGGACGGCGGCCAUUUUGUGUCGGCGACGGUGGGACAGGAUUGGCUGGCCGAGGUCGUGAAGGAGAGGUGUCUGACACGGUGCUGUGUCGUACGGCUAGAGAGAGUGCACAAACUGCACGGCGACACCACGUGUUCACCCUGCGUCGACCAGACACGGUCUGUUGACCACGUGCGCUCGGCGACCAGGGGUGAGUCCAUCGACCACUCGGAGAUCUGGGAUCCCUCUAGAGACCACACAGGGUCAGUGACUGAAGGUCAGUCCAUCGACCACUCGGAGAUCUGGGAUCCCUCUAGAGACUGCACAGGGUCAGUGACUGAAGGGCAGUCUGUAGACCACUCGGAUAUCUGGGAUCCCUCUAGAGACCACACAGGGUCAGUGACUGAAGGUCAGUCUAUAGACCACUCGGAUAUCUGGGAUCCCUCUAGAGACCACACAGGGUCAGUGACUGAAGGUCAGUCUAUAGACCACUCGGAGAUCUGGGAUCCCUCUAGAGACCACACAGGGUCAGUGACUGAAGGUCAGUCCAUCGACCACUCGGAGAUCUGGGAUCCCUCUAGAGACUGCACAGGGUCAGUGACUGAAGGGCAGUCUGUAGACCACUCGGAUAUCUGGGAUCCCUCUAGAGACCACACAGGGUCAGUGACUGAAGGUCAGUCUAUAGACCACUUGGAUAUCUGGGAUCCCUCUAGAGACCACACAGGGUCAGUGACUGAAGGUCAGUCUAUAGACCACUCGGAGAUCUGGGAUCCCUCUAGAGACCACACAGGGUCAGUGACUGAAGGUCAGUCCAUCGACCACUCGGAUAUCUGGGAUCCCUCUAGAGACUGCACAGGGUCAGUGAAUGACGGGCAGUCUGUAGACCGUGCGGUCAACGACAGCGGUCAGUCUCUGGGCCGUAUCGGGUCUGUCAGCCGGACCAGUGAGGAACCGGUCAGGGUGAAGCAGAGGCUGACCGAAACCCGACCCCACAGAGAGACCAGACUGACCGUAACCCGACCCCACAGAGAGACCAGCCUGACCGUAACCCAACCACACAGAGAGACCAGCCUGACCGUAACUCGACCACACAGAGAGACCAGCCUGACCGUAACUCGACCACACAGAGAGACCAGACUGACCGUAACUCGACCCCACAGAGAGACCAGCCUGACCGUAACUCGACCACACAGAGAGACCAGCCUGACCGUAACUCGACCACACAGAGAGACCAGCCUGACCGUAACCCGACCCCACAGAGAGACCAGCCUGACCGUAACCCGACCCCACAGAGAGCCCAGCCUGACCGUAACUCAACGCUCAGAGAACGUUCCCAAGGACAGUCUCGUCCCUAAAGACCACGUUCCCAAGGACAGUCUCGUUCCUAUAGAGCACGUUCCCAGGGACAAAGACAGUCUCGUCCCUAUAGAGCACGUUCCCAAGGACAGUCUCCUCCCUAAAGACCACGUUCCCAGGGACAGUCUCGUCCCUAUAGAGCACGUUCCCAAGGACAGUCUCGUCCCUAAAGACCACGUUCCCAGGGACAAAGACAGUCUCGUCCCUAAAGACCACGUUCCCAGGGACAGUCUCGUCCCUAAAGACCACGUUCCCAGGGACAGUCUCGUCCCUAAAGACCACGUUCCCAGGGACAGUCUCGUCCCUAUAGAGCACGUUCCCAAGGACAGUCUCGUCCCUAAAGACCACGUUCCCAGGGACAGUCUCGUCCCUAUAGAGCACGUUCCCAAGGACAGUCUCGUCCCUAAAGACCACGUUCCCAGGGACAAAGACAGUUUCGUCCCUAAAGACCACGUUCCCAAGGAAAACCCCCACAGUAGGAAGGUGGGAGGAGCUCCUAAAGAGGGGAGGAGCGUGUCUCGGGAGCGGCCCGCCACCAGUAGGAAGGUGUGUGUGAGCGGUGUGAGUGUGAGCCGCUGGGGAAGGAGAGACGGGGCUCCCAACAGCAGAGCAGCACCUCCCCCUGGCCGAGCUGGGGACUGCAGCAUUACUGAACUGCUGUCUGCUCAACACACACACGGGGUAUCCAGUCUAUCAGACAGUAUAGUAUUGGGGACUCCAGUUCGUGGUAACAGACUCCACCUGUCCUCUCUGCUGGUCAACCUCACUCCUGAGACUCACACCUGGAGUCGCCUCAAAGCUGCCCUCUCCCUACACAGGAAGACCAAAGCGUUCCUGACUCCGAAGAGGCCUCUCUACCUGCUGUCCUCUCCUGAGGCGGAGCUAGGGGUGGGACUAGGGGCGGAGCUAGAGGUGGGACUAGGGGCGGAGCUAGGUGAUGUCAGUCAAAAACUGUUCUCCACGCCCCGCCCACCAAACCUCCGCUCAACGAUACGGGGGAGCACUCUGAGUGUGUAUCCAUUAGACGGAGAGCUGUCUGAUGACCAGAAGGUGUUUUCGGAGUGUAACCAGACAGGACCUCUGGGCUUCCAGGACUGUCUCCCAGCAGCCCGGAUGAAUCUGUGUAGGAAGGUAGGAGAGGGGACCUUCGGAGAGGUCUUCAGUACCACCAACACCUCUGGAGACGCCGUCGCUCUCAAGAUCAUCCCAGUAGAAGGAUGUGACCAGGUGAAUGGAGAGGAACAGAAAACCUUUGGAGAAAUCCUCCACGAGAUUAUAAUCUCCAAGUACGUUUAUCAUCUCUGUCCUAAUAUAAUAAUAAUCCUGACCCGCCCGUGUCUGUGUGCCUGUCUGAGACCCUAA